AUUUGAAAUCUCCCUUUCUAAACCUGUAACUGGGCCGUGCUGGCAACAUUAUAUUGGAGAUAUUUAAAAUAAAAAAGCGAGCAUAAUGGAUAGCUCGGCAAAGGACCACUACAAUCGCAUAAAAGCGGAAAUGGAGAGGGAGGAGCUAUUGACCUUCGAUGACAUUCUCAAGUUGACCCAGAAAUCGCCACAGGUGCUGACCAAGACCAUCAAAGUGUUGACCAGGGAGCGUUUACCAGCGAAAUUCAACUUAGUGAGUGCUUUGAAAAAACUAAGCAUUAGCGGCAGCCCAGCCAAGGAGCUCCCCGACAAGGAGGACGAUGUGGAGACCAUGACCUUCGAGGAGCUGGUCCUUUGCACCAAGGCCCAUCCCUUGCACCUGGAGCGUAGUCUGCGCAAGAUCGCCAGCCUAGGCCAGAUGUCUUAGGUGUUUGAGUUCAGUAUUUGCCGAUUAAUGAAUAUAUUCACUAUGAACCUAGCUGGCUAAUAUUUGGCCAGCAGUGUUCUGAAAAAAAAACCAUUUUUAGUUCGCAAAA